AUGACCCCCUCCCCAGACACCAGGCCAGUUCGCCUUGGGGGAAACCUCUCCGAGCGAAACGAAAGACCCUUGCGGGGAACACUCGAGAGAGGAAGCAGGAUCAUCCACAUCCUGCUCAGCGGACGCUAUUCAGCAGCAGCUGAAGGUGAAGGACCUACGACAAUGAUGUCUCUAUCAGAGGAAGUCAGCGCGGAGAUAGAAUACCCAUUGACGAAUAGGGCUGAUCUGUCUCCCGAUCGGCAUCUUCUGCUGUCGAAGGAUCUGCUUCUUAGGACGAAAGCAAUCCAAUCAGUGCGGUCAGCUUCUUCUCUUCCGAAGUAG